AUGCAGAAUUUAUGGUCCCGCGCUGCACGGUCACAGUCGUCCUGCCGCUGUGUCUCGUGUCUGAGUACGACGGCUAGCGGAGUCACUUCGCGGUCGGCAGGCGCUGCCAGCAAGAAAAAACUGCGGAUUGGAAACUCUGUGACCGCGCUUUACACAAGCAUCUUCGCCGCCGCCGCCCUUGCCGAUGCCAGAGCCAAGAGUCAACGUCGACAUGACUGGGAGGAAAAGAUCGCGGCUGUGAAGGCCGAGGUGAACGAGUUGGUGGACGAGGAACAGCGACUUCUGAAAUCAUUGGAGUCACGGAGAAGAAAUACCCGGGGAAUCAACCGAUUGCUACAGGUCAGAGGGCUCGGUACGGUCAUGAACCUUUCUCCCGCGCCUGGACGAGUCACGCCAAACCAGCCAACAAGGUCCUUCCAUACUGAGCGCAGUCUGCUCAGCGGUGCCAACGCACAAUCGCUCGAGUCUACACUAGCAGAAGAGGCCGCUAGUUUUGAAACUGCUGCCGAAGCGGAAAUUGAUGACAUUGGCAUGGAUGACGAAGCGCUACCGGGCUGGGCCCAUGACGAUCCCUUGCGCGUCAAAGCUAUUCAGAAGCUUGCAGUGAGACAAUUUGCAAUUCGCCUUCUUCUACGGCCGAUCAUCGCCCAUCGUUAUUCUGGAGUAUCGAUGAAUUACGCUGCCGAUUUUGAUCUGCCCCAAAUUAACACCCCGAAACUUUUGGAGGAACUCAACACCGUCCGGCAUCGAAUAAGGGCCCUCAAGUCUAAUAGAUAUGCGCACUAUGACGAUGUGAUUGGUGACUAUGCUUCGAUACCGCAGGAAGCUAGACGAAAAGACGCCGAGCGUCUUGACGCAGAGUUGAAUCGGGACAUCGAGCUAUACACAAAAGAGCAGAUGUCUCUGCAAGAACUUCUCAUGCGAGUAUCCAGCAAUCUUCUCGCUUCGGCUGAGCCGGACCGGACCGCUGCCUUCCGAUACAUCCUCAUUGCUUUCUCGCAAGCUAAGCAGAACGACGUAAAUGACCUUCUCCUCCGCGCCCUCCUUCCAAAUGGCUUCAAUAUGAGCACGUCACUCAUCAUCACCAUUAUCACAUUCUUUCGCAAGUCCAAAAAUCUCAAAGACUUUGAUCUCUUCCUUCGAAUGCUCAGUGGCAACGGCGUCUACUCUUUGAACCUCGGUUCUCUUGGUCGUUACCGAGUUCGGAAGGUGAAUGGCUUAGAAAUCGUCGUCCCACCGCUUGACAGUAACAAUCCAAUGAUCUAUUGCGAGCUGAUCGCGGCUGCAUUACGUUUCGACCAACCCGAUCGAGCUGACGCAUGGCUUCAAGCAGCGCGAAGGAUAGGCUUUUUCGAUAACUUCACAACACUGUUCUACUACAUCCGAUUCUACAGCAUCCGGCAAGAUUGGGAGAAAGGUAUCAACGCAUUAAGGAGAGCAACCACCUUUCUGGUUGCCUCAACUGACCAUCAGAGCCAUAUGGUUGAGCGCCUGCUCAUGCUAAUGGUCCACCUCUGUGACUCCUGCGGCAAGAAGGAGGUUUCAGAAGUCUUAAUCACAGCGGCCAUGCGCAGUGGAUUUGACCCGGCCAUUCCGACUUUGCAGGGUGAUGUCCUGCCAAUUGUAGAUCGCGACUUCGCAAGAUGGACAGAGGCCGCUCAAUCAUCACCCAGAGAGAACGCCAAUCGGCCUCUAUGGAAGAAGUGCUUUGACUUUGUCAACGACUUCGGCGAAGAAUUGAACGAAUUCGAAGCAGAGAACCACGCAUUAGCGUUAGAUCGGGCCAGCUGGCUUGCUCUUCAUGCGCAGGAUGCAUUCUCCACAACUCUUGCCAGCAACACGUUACACGAUAAUAUCGGAAAAGAUGCGAAGUCAACUACAAUAUCCUCGGCAGCCACGUUGCGGACCAUCAACAGCCCACGGAAAGCUCAAAAUGACGAGAUGGCCACCCUGAGGAACGAAAUUGACCAGCUUCGGGGCCUGGUAUUUGAACUUCGCAAACAUCAUAUUGAAUCUUCAAUCAAAGAAGAUGUUCACGAAGUCGAGCAAGAAGCCCCUUCACAACCCGCCGCAACCUCAUCUACCCCCGCCCCUGAAACCUCUCACACCCCUAAAAACGUCGAGUUCGAAAGGAUAUCCGAAUUGAUCGACAGUGGUCGCACGCUGCCUCAAUCGAAAGGUAGCUCGCGGCCAUUCACAAGGCGAUUCCCAAAGGACACGCCGACUUCCAAUAACUUAGCGCAAGCGGAUCGACCCAAGGGGAUUUCGCACAAUUGCCAGUGCGAUGGCCAAGAAAACCGCUCGACAGAAAUGAGCCAAGUGCUUAGCGCGGGAAGUUCACUGUUUAUUUAUCCUUGUACAUUACAAUAUACCUACACUCUCACGGAGAGGUUCAAUACCAAUAGACGAGAUGUAUUUAUUAUUGAGAGAAUCUAA